GAAAUGAUGGGAUGUCGGUUGCUGUGGCAAUGCGCAGGCUCUGUGAGGAGACUAAGGCUACUGCUGCUGCUGCCACUGCUUACUGAUCAGGAGACGAGCGCCUGUGCUUCUGCUAGCUUACACCGUACGACAGUGGUGUGAGAAAGAGAGACAGCACAGCCUUUGUGAGAGUUGCUUUCUCUCUGUAUGAGAGAUAGAGAAAUGAACGUGCGCACCACCGCUCAUCAUGCUGGGGAUUUGCUGAUGCUAGUGCGGUUCUGACUUGCUCAGACUAGGAGGGGCUUUCUCCAGUCUCCAGCCUGCUUCACAACAACUAGAGCUUUGACUGCAGGGUUGUGAUCGAACAGAUCUUUAAGUGGCCGUGUGAGUGUGGGCAGAAUUAUGGAGGCUCCGCUUGUCUGUCUUGAUGAGGAGUUUGAGGAUCUCCGGCCAUGCAAAAUGGAGGAACUGGAACCAGCACCUCACCUACCUUAUGGGACCAUUCCUCUCGCUCCGUUGUGCCGGGAAGACUUCUCUGAGCUGGAGAACUUCUCAGAGAUGAUGAGUUUUAAGUCCAUGGAAGAUCUGGUGAAUGAAUUUGACGAGAAGCUGAAUGUGUGCUUUCACAACUACAACACCAAGACAGAGGGCCUGGCUCCGGUACGCAAUCAGUCACAUGCUGAAGAGGAUGAGGACCGGCUGCAGGAUGAAGAUGUAUGGGAUGCUCUGACUGAUAACUAUCUGCCAUCCUCUGUGUCCAGCUGGGAUUGUCCAAAUUCAGAGACACUGAAUGGCAACCUUUCAGAUGAUGAAAUACACGAAAAAGAGGAGGAGGAGAUGAAUGAGAAGAACGAAAAUGCCAACUGUCUGACUGAAGAACCUCUCAUCACAGCUGACCAGGUGAUAGAGGAGAUUGUUGAGAUGAUGGAGAACUCUCCUGACCCAGGUGAGACAGAGGAAGAGGAGGAGGAGGAAAGCGGUAUCUCCUCCCCUAAGACUAACCCUUCUCUCCUGGAGGAGAUCCGCAUGCUGUCUCAGGCCGCCAACAACAACAACUGCUCUUAUGAAGGAUUAAGGCUGAUGCCGAGCUCGGAUCUGCUGGAGCUGCUGGGCCGUGUGGAGAUGGCAGUAAGGGAAUACUCAGAGGAACUGGUGACUCAGUUGGCACGGAGAGACGAGCUGGAGUUUGAGAAGGAGGUGAAGAAUACGUUCAUCACAGCCCUCGUGGAGGUGCAGAACCGGCAGAAGGAGCAGCGGGAGCUCAGCAAGCGCCGGCGCAAGGACAAGGCCAUGAGCCUGCAGGGGACUGGACGCUCGGAGAAGACCGGCAGCAUGCCUGUGAAGCGCUUCAGUAUGGAGGGUCUGUCUAACAUCCUUCAGACGGGGAUCAGACAGACAUUUGGAAACUCAGGGAUGGACAGACAGUAUCUAAACACAGUGAUCCCAUAUGAGAAGAAAGGAGCUCCUCCAUCUGUUGAGGAACUUCAGAUGCUGACAAAAAUUCUUUAUGCCAUGAAGGAGGACAGUGAGAAAGUCCCCACCCUGCUAACUGACUACAUACUAAAAGUUCUGUGUCCCACGUAAGCAACUGUGUGUGCUGUCCUACCUUUGGGGCUCUGAGGAAGGCUGGGGUUUUCCUCCCUCACUCACUCACACAUUCACUCACUCACACUCUCUCUCUCUCUCUCUCUCUCUCUCUCUCUCUCUCUCUCUGCUUCAGUCCCAGCUGCAUGAACUCCUUAACACUAUCAUCAAGGGACCUUUAAAAUCUAAACAUCCUCAAACGUUUGCUUAGCCUAAUCCAGUUCAUUUCACUGUCCUACCUGCGUGUGCACAUAUCCACAAGGCCAGUAAAGCAGAGCUCGGUGCUUUCCUAUUUUUUGUAUAUUUUACAAUGGGCCAAAAGCCAUAUGGAGCAUGCUAGGAGGAAACAGA